AACAGAAACCUGUGGAAAUGUUACAGUGGUGACCGUAUCCUGCACGACAUAACUGGCGUCUGGAUGAUUGGAUCGUGUCCAAGUUCUUGGCCAGAAGAUGAUGUCCUGUAUCGAUGCAGGAAUCUUUCCAKUGCCAAUACRAUCACUAAAGAUAACUAUCAUUAUCUUCCUGUGUACACCAACAAUGGCAGAGUGUACCACAAUCGCUUCUGUGCACAGUGUAAUGGAGUUUCUCCUUCAGAGAUGACUCACUUUGAGCUGUCGUUUACCUGUGCCGUCUCGCCUCCUGCCACUUUUUCCCCAAGCCAAAGAUUUGAUUUUCUGUUUUCUUAUUGCGACUCAAGUAAGAUUAACUGGAAAGCACCUGUAAAUGCACCAAGGCGAUACUGCCUAAAUGUGAACGUAAUAAGCUAUAGUUACRUCAAUGAUGAAUAUAUCUGGAACAGAUGCAUCAAUGGCUCAGCAGGGAUUGUAUUUAUACCUGGAAUAAAAGUCAAUUACAAAAAUAUUUACUGUGCAAUAUGUGAACGACAUAAUGAAAUCGAGUGCGGUCCUCGAAGUACUUUUCCUAUUUCUGGAUAUCUUCCGUAUCCACAACCAUUUUCAGUCAUCUUUGACUUCAAGAACGGAGAACGCAGCGACACCAAGARUUACACCAAAGUAAAUUGUCCAUUUAAGCAUUUUUAUGACCACUACUUGGAAGUAUGCCGCAAAGGAUACGAGACGCUGCCCAGCACCUCUUCUGUUCAGGAGUACCAAGCUCUUCUUUGGUUUCGCCUUAAAAUCAACACAGUUUUCAGCAAUGAGACCAAAAUAAUGAAAUUAAACACGAGUGUACUUACAGUUGCGUUGGGAAACUUAUUUCAGGUUAAUACUACUCAAAUACGCGAACCGAAGAUUGCAAUUGCAUCACAAGUCAUGUUUAAUCUUCAAUUUAACAUUCGGCUUUCUUCAAAUGGACAAAAGAAACCCUACAGAAGAUCCCCUAGAGAAAGCAGCGUCCAAAGAAUGAGUUUUGAGGACAUUUUAAAAUGGAAUUCGCCCUUCGAUGUAUCUCUCUUUGGAGAAACAUUCACUUUAUUCAAAGCAAAUACAAAAAUAAUAAGCUGCACCAACCUCCAGAAUUACAGUAGGAAUGAGUACACUGUUGUACAAGAUACUCCAUCAGCGGUUUUCAUAAAAGCGACAGGCGAAAUACUAAAGGCUAGAGAGUAUUAUGUGGAUGGAAAAUCAGCCAAUGACAGCCAAGCUAUAUUUGUGUGCCGUCAACAGCAGUUAUCCAACUGUUCAGGGGUGUAUAUACUGAUUAAUGAAGGAGAGUUUAGAGUCCURAUGAACAAGUCCAUAUUCGUGAACGCUUCMAAACAGGUUUAUGAUUKGUCAGAAUACACAUGGAUAARCAAGAGUGUGCUGACGAUSCASUAUUGA